UACCGCACAAAAGAUUGAAACCCCCAAAUCCCUUUAUCCACACAGAGCUCCACAACAAUGGCGUCUUCAACGUUUUUCAAUUGCACUUCACUCUUGACUCCAGUUAAACCUCUUCGUACAAACCCUUCUUGUAAUACCACCGUUUGUCUUUCACAAUUCGCCAAGAAAACCACGCCAUUGAAUCUCUCAUCAUCACAGACCAUCUCUGUUUUCUCCCCACUUCUUUCGAACAGAGCUUUAAUCGUCUCUUCCCCCAAUCGAAAACCCCAAUCUCUCACAAUUGUAUCUGCCAAGGGGUAUAAGAUGAAGACCCACAAGGCUUCAGCAAAGCGAUUCAGGGUAACGGGUUCUGGGAAGAUAAUGAGGAGGAGAGCUGGGAAGCAGCAUUUGCUUAGAAAGAAGAAUGCUAAGAGGAGAACACGCCUCUCUAAAUCGCUACAAGUUGACCGUUGUGACUACAACAAUGUGAUAGGGGCCUUGCCAUACCUGAAGGUUAACCGAGCCAACUAGCCCCAACGGUUCCUCAAGGCUGCACCGCACCACAAAUUCUAUGCAGAGAGAAGCAACAACUUUAUUAUUUAUCGUUAACUUGUUAUUACUCAUGGUAUUGUUGUAUUUUGUGAUUCUUUGUUAUUUUUUUGUUGACUUGUUUGCUUUCUUGUAGUUUAUAGCCACUGUCUCCAGAUAAAGAAAUGCAAAAUGUCUAUUUGUUCUUUCAAA